UUCUUUGGCUCCAUUCUUUCAAAUAGAAAAAGAAAAACUUUUUUUCCUCUGUUCGCUCAACCAGCACCCCUCUCUUUCUCUCUCUAAACUCCUUCAUUCUUUCUCAUCGCUUUUCUGGAAAACAGCGGUGUAGUAGCAUCUGGAUGAAAUUGAGUAAACCCUAGCAGCUGUGUUCCAAAAACAACGCAGAGCGAAAAAAAUCUCUUUUCUUUUUUCUUUCUUUUUCUUUUUUUUGGAUACUGUCAAAAAAAUUCACCCAUUGAACCUUUUCCUUCUUUCUCUCUAUACCUUCUUCAAGUCUCCAUGGAAAACAAUCAGAACUGCAAAAGCUAACACUAAAACCCUAAAGACCCAGUUAUAUCCCAAAGCAAAAACCCCUCUUUUUUCAAUAUCAAAAGCUCAAUCAUUAGACAUCUCUCUCUAACAGUCACUGAGACCCAUCUGAAAAUCAUAGCAAAGACCCAACUUUUUCUCCAUCAAACAAACAUCACUGAGCCCUCUCCACUUUCUAUCUCAAAAACCUCUCUUUCUCCCUCAGAGACCCAUCUGUUAAUCCUUCGCAAAAACCCCUCUUUUUUCACCCACCAAGCACACAUCAACUGAGGUUCUCUUCUCUCUCUCUCUAAAACUCUCUACAACUCUCAAGAAAUGCCGAAUCAAAGACCCAUUUCACUCUAUUCGUAUAAUACCUUCUUCUUGUUGUUCUUCUGCAUAAUUUUAGCAAAUGUGGGUCUUAUAACCCCCAAAUCGACAAUCGAGCCAUGCUCCAACUCCGAUUUCUGCAACGCUCUGGUGGGUUACACUCUCUACACUGACCUCAAAGUCUCCGAAGUGGCGGCCCUCUUCCAAAUCGACCCCAUUGCCCUCCUCACCGCCAACGCCAUCGACAUCACCUACCCGGACGUCGAAAACCACAUCCUCCCCUCCCAACUCUUCCUCAAAAUCCCCAUUUUCUGCUCCUGCGUGGACGGCAUUCGCAAGUCGGUCGCCACCCAUUACAAGACUCGCCCUUCUGAUACCCUCGCCAACAUUGCGGAUUCAAUCUAUGGGGGUCUUGUCUCGGCUGAUCAAAUCAAAGAGGCUAAUUCGAUUUCGGACCCUACGGUUCUUGAUGUUGGACAGACCCUUGUUGUUCCUCUGCCUUGUACUUGCUUUAAUUCAACUGAUAAUAAUUUGCCUGCUGUAUAUCUAUCCUAUGUUGUGCAAUCUGUAGAUACAUUGGCUGGGAUUGCUGGGAGGUAUACAACAACUAUUACUGAUCUUAUGACUGUUAAUGCCUUGGGGAGCUCUGCUAUAAAGGCUGGUGAUAUACUAGCUAUUCCAUUGUCUGCUUGUUGGUCUAACUUUCCAAGAUAUGCCUCGGAUUUUGCCUUGACUGUGCCCAAUGGAAGUUAUGCUAUCACAGCUGGUCACUGUGUGCAAUGCAGUUGCGGCCCAGGCAGUCGCAAUUUGUACUGUAUGCCGGCUUCACUGGCGGUUUCUUGCUCGAGCAUGCAAUGCAAAAACAGUAAUCUCAUGCUCGGAAAUGUAACGGUUCAACAGAGUAGUGGUGGUUGCAACGUCACUUCCUGUAUUUAUGGUGGCUCUGUCAAUGGCACUAUCAUGACCACGUUGUCCACGACCCUCCAACCUCGAUGCCCAGGGCCUCAGCAAUUUCCUGCACUUGUGGCCCCACCUACUGCAGUAAGCAAGGAACCAGUAUUUGCUCCAGCACCUUCACCUUCCCAGUCAGGUGGUACUGCAACAACUAUUCCAGCAUCCUCAGGGGUUCCUGGAUCGGGCUCGGUUCUUGGAUUUCCACCGGUAGGUGGCCCCAGUGGAAGUGCGACUGCGACUGCUGGCUGCUCUUUGGUGACUCCAUUAGCUAAUUUGCCAAUUGUUUUAGGUUUAUUUUGCAUAUUUAUGGUGUCAUUCUCACUGUAAUUUUUCUCCUCAGCUGCGUGCCUGGAUGGUGAGUUUUUGUUUCUCAUUGUUUCUUCCUUUCCAUCAGGUCACAGAUGGCUGUAUUUAACUUUAUUUUUGUUGUCAGUAUACUGAUUUCUUGGUGUCCAAA